AUGGCAUAUCAACUAAGUCCCUUCUAUGGGAUUGGAAUCCCCGUUGCGAUCAUUGCAACUCUGGGUUAUGCGAGCCAUUACUUCUUCUUCAUAGAAGAUCUCUCCAUAGAGAAACAGGUUGUAUUUCAGUUGUCGCUAACAAUGCUCUGGGCCUCGUACAUCAUCGCCAUCUAUAAGAAGCCUGGCUCUCCACCAUCUGAUUUUGAACCAAGACGUGGACAAUGGAGAAAGUGGUGCAAGAAGUGCAACUGUUAUAAGCCAGAGCGAGCUCACCACUGUAAGACAUGUGGAGUUUGUGUGCUCAAGAUGGAUCAUCAUUGCCCAUGGACUGCAAACUGUGUUGGUCAUUACAACAUGCCACAUUUCCUAAGGUUCCUGUUAUGGGUUGUGUGGACAAAUGGCUUCUGUCUCUACUACUUACUGAAACGUGAUAAAAGUUAUUGGGAUGAUCGCCAUUUACCCAGCUAUUUGAUUUCAAAGACUUCAUUGACAAUGGCUAUAGUCUUAACGCCCUUGGCCAUUCUGGUGGAAGUCUCAGUUGGAGUGUUAGCAAUUAGAUGCUUCUACCAUAUUCUCUCAUCCGGAAUGACCCAGAUAGAAUGUUGGGAAUAUGAGAGACUAGAAGAGCAAUGCGAAAAUGGUAAGCUCUACCCCAUUCUCCGUGAUAAUUACAGGAAGCUAUUUGGAAAGGAUCUGAAAUCGUACACUUCUUGGUCUAUGACUCCUCAAGUCUUGAGAGAUUCUAUGGACGAGUCUGACUAUGCCCAAUUUGGAAUAGAUGAUAUAAUCUUCCCAUAUGACUUGGGGCCUUGGAGCAACUUGAUUCAUGCCUUUGGUCAUCCGUACAAAUGGAUCCUCCCAUUCGCAGGGCCAAUUGGCGAUGGCUUAACCUUCCCAGUAAACGAAUAUGUUGAACCAGAGGAUGACCUGAGCUCUAUGCCUUGGCCUCCUGAUGGAUGGCACCAAGAUAAAGACUCGGAUGCAACAAUUGAUCAGCAAUCAGAUCAAUUCUUCGAUGAGAACGAAAGAGUCAUAAGGAGAAGAAAGACUGGAGCUGUCAGAAGUCAAUGGGAAAAUAGGUACGGUGAGUCACUGGCUGAUUUCGGUGUCGAUAUGGACUCUGAGCUAUGA